AUGACUACAACGACAACAGGAAGCAUGAUGUCAACAACAGUAACUACUACUACUGUAACGACAACUACAACAACAACAACAACAACAACAGUAACUACUACCACUGUAACGACAACUACAACAACAACAGUUACAACAAUAACUACUGCAACCCCUAUCUGUGGAUCGACAUGCGUGAAUACUAGUAUCUCAACAUUGUCACGGGUUGCCUUUUACUCCUUUGAUUCAACCACUACGGAUGCUACUGGUACAGGCACAUGUCUGACCAUGUGGGGUUUGACUUCGUCUGGCUCGGUGACAGUCAAUGUUGUCAAUUCCUCAAAUAGUGCUGUCUCAGCUACUGCUUCAUCGACUUUAUCAGUGAAUACAUGGACACACGUGGCACAAACAUUUAGCUCGACCAGUGGAAGUCGUUUAUACAUCGGUGGAGUUCUGAUCACAAGUGUCAGUGCACCUACAGGUACACCUGUUGGUCCAUAUGCUUUUAUCGGAGCAUCACCGACCGGUUCAAGUACCUGUAAUGCUGGAUUAAUUGCCACUGGGCAAUUCUAUGGCAGUGUCGAUGAAUUUCGUGUAUUUGGACGUGAACUAACGGCGACAGACAUAUGUCGUCUAGCUAAUCCUUGA